CUCAACGUGCAGUUUUAGCUAUUUUCACCGCAGGAUAUUUGGUUGACCAAGCAGCAUUUGAUAUUAGCCAGAAUUAUACCCGACAAAGGUUUCAGGGGAGGGCUGGUUCCUAGCUCAGCAUGACUGGAAAGACAAGGCCAAUUGAAAAGUUUGCACAGGCGGCUGCAAAAUGCUCUGCCGAGGUGAGAUCAUGUCCAGAUCAUAGCGUAAAAGCCCUGUAGCUGACCAUGUUGAGUCAGGCAACGGUGUAUGGCAAGUGUAUCCUGGCCGAUUACACUGCUGUAUCGAAGGAUAUGUGUGCCAAAGAGUUCAUGAAGCUGAAAGAUUGCUACCUGGCCGCCGCAAAGAGACGAUAAAACCUCUAAUUUCACGCCAUCAGACUAAACACAGCGGACUACAAUAAUAGUUCGAGAGCGAGUAGACCAGGAAAAUA